GCUCGUCUUAUUUCGCCAAUAGGAGGCGGAGCUUGAACUGCGCUGGCCAAUCGCGUCCCUCUGGGGGCGGGUCCAUCAAACUUGUAACUCCUCGAUGCUUCCUCCGGUCCAUGUGCCGUGGCGGAUACGUAACACACCUUCGGGGUUGCCUACCUCCUUCAAACAUGUGUCUUUCUCAGAUUUACGCCACAUAGCCGGCGACAGCGCAUACCGAAGGAGGUGGAUCAACGUGUGACAGCGGGACCACCAUGGGGAAUGUCGACAAAGAUGCCAAGAAGAACCCUUCAGCCAACGCGAAUAUCAUUUCCCGGGUCCUGUUCUGGUGGCUCAACCCUCUGUUCAAGACGGGCUACAAACGGCGGCUGGAGGAAGAUGACAUGUACAACGUGCUCCCCGAGGACCGGUCCGAGAAGCUGGGGCAGGAGCUGCAGAGGUUCUGGGACAUGGAAGUAGUGAAGUCGUCCAAAGAGAUGAAGAAGCCUCGCCUCAGCAGAGCCCUGCUCAGGUGCUACUGGAAGCCGUACGCCGUGCUGGGCUUCUGGACGCUGCUGGAGGAGGCCAUCAAAGUGGUCCAGCCGGUCUUCAUGGGAAAAAUGAUCAAUUACUUUGAGAACUACGACCCGAACGACACCGUGGCCCUGCACCAGUCCCUGGGCUACGCCGCCGGCGUCUCGGCCUGCACCAUCGGCCUGGCGCUGAUCCACCACCUCUACUUCUACCACGUGCAGAGGAUGGGCAUGAAGAUCCGAGUGGCCAUGUGUCACAUGAUCUACAACAAGGCUCUGAGUCUCAGCAGCUCGGCGAUGACCAAGACCACCACGGGACAGAUCGUCAACCUCCUGUCCAACGACGUCAACAAGUUCGACGAAGUCACCAUCUUCCUGCAUUUCCUGUGGGUGGGGCCCGUGCAGGCGGCCGCCGUGGUGGGCCUCCUCUGGAACGAGAUCGGCCCGUCCUGCCUGGCGGGGAUGGUGGUCCUCAUGUUCCUCAUGCCCACGCAGACCCUGUUCGGGAGGCUCUUCUCCAAGUUCAGGAGUAAGACGGCCGUGCUGACGGACAGCAGGAUCCGCAUCAUGAACGAGGUGGUUUCUGGGAUGAGGAUCAUCAAGAUGUACGCCUGGGAAAAACCCUUCGCCGCCCUGGUGUCGGACGUCAGAGGGAAGGAGAUCUCCAAGAUCAUGAAGAGCUCGUACCUGCGCGGGCUCAACAUGGCGUCCUUCUUCUGCGCCAGCAAGAUCAUCGUCUUCGUGACCUUCACCGUCUACGUGCUCCUGGGGAACCGCCUCACGGCCAGCAGCGUCUUCGUCACGGUGUCUCUGUACACCGCCGUGCGCCUCACCGUCACGCUGUUCUUCCCGAGCGCCGUAGAGAAGCUGUUCGAGAGCCGCGUCAGCGUGAAGAGGAUCCAGGAGUUCCUGCUGCUGGACGAGCUCUCGAAAAGCGGCGCCGCUCUGACUCAGGACGACAAUGCGGAUCCCACCGUGGACGCCCAGGACCUGCUGUGCUACUGGGACAAGAGCUUGGACGCUCCGUCUCUCCAGAACGUCUCCUUCACCCUGAGAUCCAAUCAGCUGCUGGCGGUCAUCGGACCGGUGGGAGCCGGAAAGUCGUCCCUGCUCAGCUCCAUCCUGGGAGAGCUGCCGGCCGAGAAGGGCCUGCUGAAGGUGCGGGGCCAGCUGACGUACGCCGCCCAGCAGCCCUGGGUGUUCCCCGGCACCAUCCGCAACAACAUCCUGUUCGGGAAGGAGAUGAACCAGCACAAGUACGAGCGAGUGCUGCGAGCCUGCGCUCUGAAGAGGGACAUGGAGCUGCUCCCAGACGGAGACCAGACCCUGAUCGGGGACCGGGGGGCCACGCUCAGCGGAGGGCAGAAAGCUCGGGUCAACCUGGCCAGGGCGGUGUACCAGGACGCAGACAUCUACCUGCUGGACGACCCUCUGAGCGCCGUGGACGCCGAGGUCGGCCGGCACCUGUUUGAACAGUGUAUCUGCGGCCUGCUCAGGAACAAGCCUCGCAUCCUGGUCACACACCAGCUGCAGUACCUGAAGGCUGCAGACCAGAUCCUGGUCCUCAAGGAGGGCCACAUGGUGGCCAAGGGGACGUACACGGAGCUGCAGCGCUCCGGAGUGGACUUCACCUCCCUGCUGAAGAAGGAGGAAGAGGAGGAGCAGCAUCCGCCCCAGCCGGACUUCCCCACCAGGACCCGCACGCUGUCCCAGAAUUCCGUGCUGUCGCACACCUCCUCCAUUCACUCGGUGAAAGACGGAGACUCCCUCCCGACCGAGCCGGUCCAGACGAUGGCGGAGGAGAGUCGAGCCGAGGGAGACAUCGGCGUCGGUCUGUACGUGACCUACCUGAAGGCCGGGGCCAGCACGCUCCUCCUGCUGGUGGUCAUCUUCAUCAACCUGGGGGCUCAGGUCGCCUACAUCAUGCAGGACUGGUGGCUGGCUCACUGGGCCGACGAGCAGGAGAGGGUGGACGCCGUGAACGCCACCGCGUUCCCCAACGCCACCCGAGAGCUGGACCUCGACUACUACCUGGGCAUCUACGGAGGCCUGACCGCGGCCACCAUCGUCUUCGGCUUCAUGAGGAACAUGGUUCUGUUCAGGGUGCUGGUGAAGUGUUCCGAGUUCCUGCACAACUCCAUGUUCAACUCCAUCCUCCGAGCUCCCGUGCGCUUCUUCGACACGAACCCCAUCGGACGAGUCUUAAAUCGGUUUUCAAAGGACAUCGGGCUGCUGGACUCUCAGAUGCCGUGGACCUUCGUGGACUUCAUUCAGGUGUUCCUGCAGAUCCUGGGGGUGAUCGCCGUGGCGUCCUCGGUGAUCCCCUGGAUCCUCCUCCCCGUGCUGCCGCUCCUCAUCUUCUUCAUCUACCUGCGUCGCUACUUCCUGCGGACGUCCAGGAACAUCAAGCGUCUGGAGUCCACCACUCGGAGUCCCGUCUUCUCCCACCUGUCCUCGUCUCUCCAGGGUCUGUGGACCAUCCGGGCGUUCGGCGCCGAGGAGAGGUUCCAGAAGAUCUUCGAUGCUCAUCAGGACCUGCACUCAGAGGCCUGGUUCCUCUUCCUCACCACCUCUCGAUGGUUCGCCGUCCGCCUCGACGGCUUGUGCUCCAUCUUCGUCACCAUCACCACGUUCGGCUGCCUGCUGCUCAGAGACCAGCUGGACGCCGGCUCGGUGGGCUUGGCUCUCAGCUACUCGGUCACACUGAUGGGGAUGUUCCAGUGGGGCGUCCGGCAGAGCGCGGAGGUGGAGAACAUGAUGACCUCUGUGGAGCGCGUGGUGGAGUACACACAGCUGGAGAGUGAAGCACCCUGGGAAACGGACAAGCGGCCUCCGCCCGGCUGGCCCGGCAGAGGCCUGGUGACCAUGGACCAGGUCAGCUUCUCCUACAGCCCCGACACGCCGCCGGUGCUGCACAGCGUCUCGGCCAGCUUCAGCUCCCAGGAGAAGGUGGGGAUCGUCGGCAGAACCGGAGCCGGGAAGAGCUCUCUGGUCUCGGCUCUGUUCCGCCUGGCGGAGCCUCAGGGGAAGAUCCGGAUCGACGGGGUCGUCACCUCAGAGAUCGGCCUCCACGACCUGCGGCAGAAGAUGUCCAUCAUUCCUCAGGACCCGGUGCUGUUCACGGGCUCCAUGAGGAAGAACCUGGACCCCUUCAACCAGCACUCAGACCAGGAGCUGUGGACGGCUCUGGAGGAGGUGCAGCUGAAGUCGGUGGUGGAGGAGCUGCCGGGGAAGCUGGAGACGGUCCUGGCCGAGUCGGGUUCCAACUUCAGCGUGGGCCAGAGGCAGCUGGUGUGUCUGGCCAGGGCCAUCCUGAGGAAGAACCGCAUCCUGGUCAUCGACGAGGCCACGGCCAACGUGGACCCCAGGACGGACGAGCUGAUCCAGAGAACCAUUCGUGAAAAGUUCAAGGACUGCACCGUGCUCACCAUCGCCCACCGACUCAACACCAUCAUCGACAGCGACCGCAUCCUGGUUCUGGAUGCGGGGAGGAUCCACGCCUACGACGAGCCGCACGUUCUGCUCCAAAAUCAGGAGGGAAUCUUUUACAAGAUGGUGCAGCAGACGGGGAAAUACGAGGCAGCAGCUCUGCUGGCAGCAGCCAAACAGGCAUACAACAGCAGAAGUAGACCCAAAGUGUCCAACGGCCACACCGAGCUGGAGGACAGACCUGUGGUGAUCUUCGAGACGGCUCUUUGAGCCCGGCGGGGCUCUGACCGCUGCAGUCAGAAAGAAGAAGCACCGACGGACGGCCUGUGGCCGGCCGGAGAGCAGCUGCAGGCAGACGGGCCGCCCGAGCCGGACUGGGAGCCCCAGCCGCACCUGGCCGGACCCCCCCCCCCCCCCCCCGAAUGGAGAAACCCACCACAUGUUGCACUUUAUCUUUUCUACGCUGCCUAUUUAUCACUCCGCAAAUUUAAGGAGAUUACAAUCACAUAUGGGCAAAACCCUGAGAAUGACUCCAAAGUGCCUUUAGUUCAGGUUUUCAGGUUUUUACGAGUUAAUUUAACUGUUGAGUUUUUAUGUAACCAAAGUUUGCCUUCGUAUUUAUACAUACGGGAAGUUCUGUUGAUCAGAGACUAAAUGUAAUGUUUCUGAGUUCUUAGUUGAUUAAAAAUUUGUUGACAACA